AUGGCCGCCUUCUCUCGGUCUUGUAACAUGACAUCGUUUUGCAGAAAAUGCGCAGGCAUAGCCAGAAGAUCUUGGCUUCGAUCUCCGCAGGUAUAUUUUAUACUUGGAUAUUUAUUUUAUGGCUGUAUUUACCAAACACAAACGUUGAGGCAGCGUGGAAAUAUCCAAAAGUUGGAAUUCUUGAAUGGACAGUGCAGAAAUUGUGUUCGUGCGUGGCAAACUAGUAGACAAGCGGUAAAAAAAAUUGCGUAAACAAGAGGCAGUUACUUCCAAUUAGUCGAUUUGCAGCUAAAAUGCAAUAUAUCCUGCCACUUCGAAGCUAUAAUAUACGCCUUAAUAAGUUGCAGGGUUAUGUUUUUGAUUGAAAUUUCGACGUCUUCGAUCUUCUUUUUGAGGGUCUCAGAGCUUGCCUAACCCUCAGUCAAGAAAAAGGGGGCGGGUAGGGGGUGAAGGGCGUGUUCACCAUGUUCCUUUGAUUUUCCUUUUUUUUCAAACACUUUUGAACGAAAAAAGCUGCUCUUCACUGGCUUGCCAUUUUCGCCCAUUUUUAUCGACUACACAUGGUGAUGUUAUGAAAAAGAUAAGCUGAUUAGAAAUUUGCUGUCAAAUGUCACAUGUUUUGUCAUUCUUUGAAGUCCAACAAGCCAUUUUUUAUAUAAUUAGAUGUAGUCAGUGAACAUGGCAUAAUGAUGCUGAAUAAUUUAUUAGGGUACGCUAAUUAUACAGCUGUACAUGUUGAGAUUUGUUUGAACUCGAGAAAAUUGCAUUCGCAGUGAUUAUAGUACAUGACUGCUCCUUUUAAUGUGCUGUUUAUGUCUGUGACUAGAGGAAAAAAAAUCAUUAUUUGUUUUAAACAUGGCAUCUAAAUUUUGUCCAGUAAAGCCCUUUUCCCAAGUGGUAACUUUAUUACCUCUCUGGCUAGGGAAGUAAGAUCAAGUAAAGCCCACCUACCCCUCCCCUAAGCCAACAUUAAUGCUUACUUCUCUCUUAGGGCAAAAUUGUGACUUAGGGGAGGGGUAGGUGGUCAGUUACCUAGAAACCUUAAUAAUUGAUCCUGGAAAGAUAUAUCUAUGUACACUAGGCUUUCUUAUUAUUAUUAAUUUUUUGUGUAGGUUGGAGCUUCAAGUGUUGUGCCUGUAAGGUGGUUAAACCUUCAAGAAUUCCAGAGCAAGAAAUUAAUGGCCGAUAAUGGUCUCCAUGUGCAGAGAUUCAAAGUUGCAGAAAAUGCAAAAGAAGCUGUAGAAAUUGCUAAGGAAUUAAGUGAGUGAAAUUUUUUUUAAAUAUAAUUUUGUGUUUUUUGCAACAAUAACAAUGUAACUCGUGAAAGUGAUUAAGCUGCUCAUCCAGAGGGAUAACCUGGAAGACAAAUUUGUUUUAAGCUGUGAGACAUUGUUUAUUUUUAUCUUCAUUAGAUGCAAAAGAGUUUGUUCUUAAGGCACAAAUCCUGGCUGGUGGAAGAGGAAAAGGAAAGUUUACAAGCGGUCUGCAGGGUGGUGUGCAUUUGACAACAGAGUAAGUAAUAACAGCAAAAGUCAGUUACCCAGGCAAUGUGCAAGAUGCAUGUAGAUUGGAAUUUGGUUAAUUAACCCUGUAAUUUCUAUUACAAAAGAAGCAAGUGACAUCAAUUUUUGCCCAACAAUAUUAAAACCUUAUCAAGAGAAAAGCCUGGUUACAAAAAUUAAUAAAAUGAUUGGCAAAGAGGAGAUACUUUGAUCAUUUGUCCAAUUCUUCUGAUAAGUUCUUUAAAGAAAUAUAUGAAAAUCAGUUGGGAGAAAUUGUCUUUAAAAAUUGGGCUUGAAUAUACUGGUGAAACAAAGAGUGGAAUUGACCCUGGAUUUGAAGUGAUUUUUUUAAUUAAGAGCACCUUUCAUACAAUGAAUAAUACAUGAUUAAUUAUUAUUCAUGUAUAGUAAACAUCUUAAUCUUAAUAAUUUCUUUCGAAGUAUGAGCUCAUCAAUAAUAAUACUUAAUGUAAUCUUGUGUAAACUUAUUUUCAACUGUUUUUUUUAGUCCGAACAAAGUUGGUGAACUAACAGAACAGAUGGUAGGCUAUAAUUUAACCACAAAACAGACACCUGAAGAUGGAGUCCUGGUGAACAAGGUGAAUGAGUUAUUUUGUUUAUAAUUUUCUUUGUUAUUUCAAGUAGUCAAGUCAGUCAAGUGUAAGAGGAGGUAAGCUUGUAAGGAAUAUACAGAUAUAUUGGAUCAAAAAAGAAACAAGAAAUCGAAUUUGACAUUUUUGUGAUGUGAAGAAUUAUGCAGAUCCCAGAGGCUGCUAUCUACCUUGUCUGAUAACAUUUUCCUUGAUCUGCUUGAUUCUGCACAUCAUACAAAAGCUGAAUUCAAUGAUAAUAAUAUUAUUAUUCAUUCAAAACAUUUCUCCAUUUGUUAUUGGCUGAAAUCCCCUGGCUAAAAUAAUAAUGUUCAUAACCAGCUAGCAUUGUCUAAAUUUGGAAGACUGUUGUGAUAAUUGUGGGAAAUGAUGUCAAUAGUACAGCAUUAAUGCCAGAAAAAUUUAUGGCAACCAAGGAGCCCUUGGGAUGAGGUGCUAUCCGCCCAGGCCAAUUAAUCAGGCUAAUCAGCUUCAAUGGAUAACACUUUCCUUGAUCUCCAUAAUGCUUCACAUCAUACUUAGCCUCAUUCAAUACAUGUAAUUGUUAAAAAUUACUGUAAAAUUCCAAAAAUAAGCCCCUCCAUGUAUAAGCCCGUCCAAGUAUAAGCCCCCCAAACCGGUAACACAGAAAACCCUCCAUUAAAUCGCCCCUCCAAACAUAAGCCCCCCGGAGCCGUGUUCUUGGAAAAUUGCCCUCAAAUACAAGGCAAAAAUUGUAAAUUAACUUCCAACUAUAAGACUAGCCCAGUCGAUUUUGAAACGCAAAUUUCCCUCCAUAGAUAAGCCCCUCCAAACAUAAGCCCCUCAAAAAGAGUCUUUGAAAAAUAUAAGCCCCGGGGCUUAUUUUCAGAAUUUUACGGUAUUCUAGGAUAGGGAUGAAAAAUGGUUUCUUUGCCUUACUUUGUCCAUUGUAUGACUUGUUUCUAAUCAGGUGAUGGUUGCAGAGAGUUAUGACAUUGCCCGGGAGACAUACCUUGCUAUACUGAUGGACAGAGCAUUCCAAGGACCUGUGAUAGUCGCAAGUCCAAAAGGAGGAAUGGACAUUGAAGAAGUAGCAAAGACCACUCCUGAACAUAUACACAAGGUAAUUUCACAUGUGUGUGAAAGAGAUAUGCUACAGUUAUUGAUUAAGCGGCCAGUUUAGAUAAGAUAAUGGGGAGCUUAAUGAAUGGCCAUGAAAACAACAGCAAUGAGAAGAUCAAAAAUUAUGGUUGUAUAAGCAAAAAACAUCUUUGCACUUGUAUUAUCCUUUUUGGUACAUUUCUUUGAGAUCCAAUGCACGACUUUGAAGUGAAAUGUGAUGCUUUUGGAGAAUGUGAACAUAUAAUGAUGAAUUUUCCUUGUCUUUCUGAAUAAAGUUACCGCUUUGGAGAAUCCAACUCCAGGAAAAUUUGCCUGCAUUUAGAAAUUUUUUAGAGCUUAAGUAAAAGCAAUGAGUUUGAUAAAAAGCAAAUUCAUUUUUAAUGCUAUGUUCAUUGCCAUUACCCUCGUAGUUACUUAGCCGUCUAAUUAUUGUUUUAUGUUGAGGCGAGUUGUCAUGACAACAAUCCCAGGAACUGUUCCCCUGUGGGACAAAAUUUAGCCUGUGAGUGAUCUCUCUAUUUGGGGAAGUUGCGAGAAGUCACCCGAAAGCUGCACGCGAAAGGAGACGCUUGUGCUUCGCCGCUUGCUCGCGCGUUCUCUCGAGGCACACUUCCUCGCAGGCUAGACAAAAAUAAUAUAGCUUAACAACUGUACAAAGACGUUACAGAACUUCUUUGAUUAUUUGUGUAAUCCAGUGCAAGGACAGAAUGACACUGUUUAGGACUAAACUACGUGUAAAUAAGGAACAGAACAACAAAGGAGAAGACGGUGAAAAUACCUAGAAGUCAGCAUUAGCAUGAAGUGUGCAGGUUUUUGUUAAUUAAUCAUAAGCAUGAUAAGAUUUCUUUGUAUAAUAGUUUAUUCAUUUUUGUUAUUACAUUGUCUCUUAACAGUUAGCUGUUGACAUUUUCAAAGGAAUUCCUGAUGUAGAUGCCAGAUAUCUUGCAGACAAAUUAGAAUUUAAAGGACCAAUGUUAGAACAGGUAAUAAAGAAUGUAAUGUAGAAAGUAGCAUGGAAUGACGUUAGAACCUUCUAAGAAAGCUAAUACAAUGAAAUAAUGAAUGUAUGAGGUCCCCGGUCGUUUCGAUACAAGUCGCUUUGAUACAAGUUUAUUCGUUUUGAGGUGUAAAUAGUUCCAUGUACUUGGCUUAAACAACGAAGAUAUGCAAAAUAGCGAAAGACGCUUUCAGAAUUGUGCUUUACGUUACAACUUUUUACAUACAGCAUUGCGCUGUUGCUCAUUUCGUUUUAAAACAGUAAUUUGUCUGUAGCAGAGAUGUACAAUGUUGUAUGCAACUGAAAGACAGUACAGUGGCGGAUGCAGGGGAGGGGCCCAGGGGCCCUGCCCCCCCUUAUUUUUAGACUAAACUGAGACACGAAGGGCGGAAUAAAAAUUUUGAGUCCGCCUCCCCCCCUUAGUCAGGGUCUGGAUGACCGGGCACCCAGUUAUCUGAAGACCUGGAUCCGCCCCUGCAGUAACUUUAAAUGCAGUUUAAUGACGAGUGUGAGCCUGGUUUUUGCUACUGAACACUUAAAACUGUCAGUGGAGUCAUAACAGUAAUGUCAUCAUAGUGAGCUCUUUUAAACGAACACCUCUCUAAUACGGACAUUUUGCUUUGUCCCUUCGGUGUCCUUAUUAGAGAGGUUCAACUGUAAAUUAAUACGGAAAAACAAAAAGGAUACGCAGUCAUUCUCUCUGAUUACUUUAAUUAAAUGCUAGCUGGUACCUUUCGAAGCAAUGCAGGCUAACAAUUUUUUCGUGGGCUUCUGUCUCAAUACAUUUCUAGACUUUCUCGAUCCGCAGGAAAAGUUCGCGACUUCCGCGGUUUGUGUCACUAAAUUGUCCCUAGCGGCAAAGGUAGCCUUCAUUCGUAAAAUUCUUUUUUUUCUUUGAGGUGUUUAAAAUGUGCACCUCUGGUGCAUAUUUUUGGCCUUACCGGUCAAGAAUGGUCCCAUACCUGCUGUGCUAAAAUUUAGGGAGAACACUGUACAAGCCUGAGUAAGUUUUUUCAUCUGAUGUUUUUGUCCCCUUCAUAUUUCACAGGCAGCUGAGCAGAUCAAGUUGCUUUACAAACUCUUCCUUAAAGUCGAUGCAACACAGGUGGAAAUCAAUCCUUUUGGAGAAACACCCGAUGGAAAAGGUAUUUGAACACAGUGUUGGAGAUUUGCCUCUUAAGCUUCACUCAAAGAUCCGCGUCGUAUUUUUCCCUUUAAACUUAUUGCAUUACAUAAGUGUGGGAAAGGUGUCUGUAACGUCUGUGCGAGCCGCAAGCGAGCGCAGAAGGUAACAUGACAACGCUGUGAACGGCAAACUCCAGGCUUCAUCACGUUGAAUUCCUAGGUGGAAACAUUUGAUGCUUACCAAAAGAAAUCCAGAGGGAAGGGAGGGUCGGUAACAAAAAGGCUUUUAGCAAUCGAACGUACAGGCAACAUGAUUAAAAUGACUUGACCGCAAUGGGAGAGCUGUAAAUUUACUGAAGUUAUGAGAUCUCCCUGGGACCACCCCGCAUACAUUGGGGAGUUAGAGGAAGGACAAGCGUUUUUGAGCGACGGACGUCAUCCAGAAGUGAGGCCUUUUCCAGUUUUUGUGUCUUGACGUUAUCAUAUUUAGUAAAAUCCAACUGGUUGUCUAUUAUCAAUGCUGCAUCCUGAUUGGUUGAGUUACUACUAGGCUAUAUGUUAUAGUUCCCUAGUAGCGAAAACCGCGGGCUUUUUGGCGGCAAAAAAGGCUUAAAGUCUAGCUUUUAACUAAAAAAAAAUUAUUCCCGAUGUUUUUUACCAACUAGUUGGAUUUUACUAAAACAAUUAUUCCUCUCGCCCUCAUAGCCUCUGACUCAAUAGCCCGCUGGGGCUCGAUGAAUAAUUGUUAAUUAUACCGUUGAGUGUCUUUACUUUAAAAGAAACGAUUUUUCCGGAAAUUUGAGCAAAAGCACUGCCAAAAAAUGCAAAGAAAAUCCCCUUCUGGUCGUUGUCCGUCGCUGACGCGGUUAGGUGGGUAGUAUGAAAGGGUAAAAGGAAAGUGUUUUGUUUCAUUCUUUAAGUUGUGUGCUUCGACGCCAAGUUUAACUUCGAUGACAGCGCCAAGUUCCGGCAGAGAGAAGUGUUUGCUAUGGAAGAUCACAGCGAGAGUGACCCUCGUGAAGUGGAAGCUGGAAAAUAUGACCUCAAUUAUAUCGGCCUGGAUGGAAAUAUUGCUUGUCUUGGUAAGAAUGUAAUAUCGGUGGCUGUAAAGAAUGCUCAUUGAUAUAUAAUGAGCGAACGUUGCUUCAGGCCAUUCGUGUUAUUUACUCAGGGAUUUGGGGUUAGGGUGGGGUUCUUGAAUAAGCGCUUGGCAAGUGUGACGAUGUUGAUGAUGAUGAUGAUGAUGUUGAUGAUGAUGAUGACGAUGACGAUGACGAUGACGAUGAUGAUGGUUGUGGUAAAGGUGUCUGUAUUAAGAGGGGUCAUGUUAUUUAAGUUGCGGGUUAGAGCCGGGGACGUUACUUUCCUUGCUAGGCAGGCUUGUCGUUCGCAGGGGUGAGUAGGAUGAGUACAGCAGUUACUUUUAUCUUCCUACUAACUCCCUUCUUUAGUGAAUGGUGCUGGAUUAGCAAUGGCAACUAUGGACAUUAUCAAACUUCACGGGGGUACCCCGGCUAAUUUUCUGGACCUCGGGGGAGGAGUACAAGAAGAAGGAGUGUUUCAAGCUUUCAACAUUGUGACAAAGGAUCCGCGGGUAAGCAUAAGACCAGAUAACCCCCUAGAGUUAAUAGUGAAGUCUUUUAUGAUGGUUUCAUCUCUUGAGUUUUUUUUAUGGAAUCUUACGUUGUGACCAUUCAAAUGAAAGCUACUGAGCAGUACUUUCCUGUGGUACUGUUUAUUAUGCUGUACAAGGUGGUUCUAACUUUUGAGUCUUUGGAUGAAAUCCUAUUGCGUGACCAUUCAAAUGAAAGCUACUGAGCAGUACUUUCCUGUGGUACUGUUUAUUAUGCUGUACAAGGUGGUUCUAACUUUUGAGUCUGUGGAUGAAAUCCUAUUGUGUGACCAUUCAAAUGAAAGCUACUGAGCAGUAUUUUCCUGUGGUACUGUUUAUUAUGCUGUACAAGGUGGUUCUAACUUUUGAGUCUGUGGAUGAAAUCCUAUUGUGUGACCAUUUAAAUGAAAGCUACUGAGCAGUACUUUACAGCGGUACUGUUUACUGUGCUGUACAAAGUGGAUCUACUUUCACGUCUGUGAAUAAAAUUCCUGCAGUAUGACCAUUCAAAUAAAACGUCCCUUUAGCCGCUCUUUCAAACAGCGCCCUUUAUUUUAGAGCAUUAUUUUUUCACAAAAUGAAAUUAAGAAAUUGUAUCGAACUGCUACCGCUGCUAUUGUAUGCUCCACGCUGCACGACCUGAGUAAGUAUUUAAAAUAAUUUUUUUCUCCAAUACUCUUUAAUGUUGUUGCUUUGCCACUGUUUUCGCUGACAGGUCAAGUCAAUAAUGGUGAAUAUAUUUGGUGGAAUCGUUGAUUGCUCAAUUGUCGCCAAUGGAAUAACUUCUGCUUACAAAAGGCUGAAUGUACAAGUUCCUGUCAUAGUGAGGUUAGAAGGUAAGUGUGAAUUAGAUAAAUAGAUACUUUUUUCACAGGUAAUGUACGCGUGUUGUUUGAUUUGAAAACGGGUUUGUUUUUGAAGGCGUGGAGAAAGACUGGGGAGAGUCUGAAGACGCUAAAAUAACAUCUGGGGGAGGGAGACGGGGGGUUAGCGGGCGUUAUUUAAAAGGUGGAUAACACUUAUUUCUUGUAUGUCUAGUGAAAAGGAAACGUAAAUGUUAAAAUAUGAUCGUGACUGACUCAGCUAAGCGUUGUGCGACGAUGUCUAGGGGCUUAAGCUUCAGAAAUAAUUAUAUCACCCCACUUGUAACAAAAUGGCAGGAUACUUUGCUUGGUGACAGUCUUUGAAAGUCUAAAAGGACGAUUUGCCGCGCAUUUGUAUCACGAGCUGAUUUAACCGAAAUUGAUGGUAAACAGUUUAUGACUUAUCUCCCUAAUUGUUCUGUGAAAAUAUGGUGUAGGUAUUGCACAAAGAUUUCCAACACGGACCAGUGCCAUGGCAUACAGCUAAACCUUGUCAUGACCAUUAAGUAUUUGAUAAUUAGGUGAAAUGGUCUUACCUUGCUUUUAAGUGGAUCAUAAGUUUGUAUUCAAAGAGGACAGACGGCAAACUGUUGUUGCUCGAAAUAUGGUAGAGUCUUUCUAAGUAGCUACGACAUUAAGGUUUCCACCCGUCUAUUUUGUUCCUUGAACCAGCGUGUUUACAGGUAUACAAAACAAAACAUGAAUCCCAACAAGUCACCUUAUUGUCAUUUUUGUUCUGAUUUCUAGGAACGAACGUGGAAAAAGCUAAACACAUUCUAACCGAGAGCGGGAUGCCGCUGAUCCCUGCAGAUGACAUGGAUGACGCAGCUAGGAAAGCCGUGAUUAGUCUGGUUGACUGA